CGACCUUGUACUUGGCGAAACAAAUUUCGACAUUCUGUCUUAAACAUUUUCAGUUCUUUAUGAGUGAAAUGCAUUGAUCAACCAUUGCUUUAAGUAAGCUAAGCCGUUUUAUUUCGCCAUUGAAACUGUGGGGAACACUGCGGUUCGGACAACAUAAACCAACAACAUCAGUGUAAUCUAUAAAGAAAAGAGAAUGGCUUCCGACAUAAUUAAGGGAAUUGACAUUUUACUUGUUGGCAAAACAGGAGCCGGAAAAAGCGAGACGGGUAAUCUUUUACUUCAAAGGGAAUCAUUUAAAAGCUCAAACGAUGUUGAUUCUGAAACAUUUCAUUCUAAAAAAGAUUACUCGUCAUUUAAUGGAAGGGAACUUACAGUAGUUGACACUCCAGGACUUGGUGACACAAGACUUAAUAAUAAAGAGGAUACAAAAAAUGCUGUCAAAGAAAUGUCAGAAGCUAUGGUAUUGAAUCCUGAAGGUUACCAUGCCAUACUAUUUAUCGUUAAGUUUGGAAAUCGCUUCACUGCAGAUGACGUAAACGCGAUCGAAAUUCUUAAAAAAAUAUUCGGGAAAGAUUUUAUGCGGUAUCACGGAAUACUCCUGUUUACUGGCGGUGACAUUUUUGAAAAUCUCCGAGAUGUUCGUGCUGGGCAACUUACCUUUGACAUGUGGGUGGCCAAACAAAAAGAAAAACACUUGCAAGAUAUUAUAAAAGAAUGUGGAUCCCGCACAAUUUUAUUUAACAAUAUGUCAGAUGAUGAAAAUCUUAAACAAGGCCAAAUAGAAAAGUUAAUAACAAUGAUUGAUGGGCUUACAAGAGACGGAAAAAGGUACACUAGUGAAAGUUUUGAAAAAGCUAAAAAAGAAAGAGACCGACUAAUUAAAACCUUAAACAGGCCAUAUCUUAAAGAUGAUCAUAUGAAGACAAUCAGUAUUAUUACUCAACAGCUGGGAAAAAUUAAAACAAAUCCAAUGAAUAUAGAUGAAACUUUGAUGAGUUUACAACAAUUGCGAAACAAAGCAGACAACGUUUACGGUACUAUCGAAGAGGAGGACCAGAAAACAAAAGCUUUAGACGUUGCCUUAAAAGUUGCAGAACGUUUGCAGAUGUCAAUACAAGAAAGAAUCGAUGAGGUUGAGAAAAUACGAAUAGAAAAAGAGAAAGAAGAUCGUGCCCGAAAGGUAAUGGAGGAAUUGCUGGCAAAACGUGAAAGAGAACAAAAAGAAUAUGAGUUAAAGAAAAAAAAGGAAGAGGAGGAAGAACGUAUUCGUCGUAAUGAAGAAGAGCGCAAGCGUCAAGAAGAAGCAGAGAAGUUUCGUAAGAAAGAAGAAGAGCUUAAACGUCAACUAGAAGAAGAACGUAUCCGACAAAAAGAUGAAGAGAAUAGAAAAGCAAGGGAAAAGCUUGAGGAACAGCUGUUGGAAAUGCAAAAAAUUAAACAAAUGCUGGCAGAAAAAGAAGCUGAAGAAAGAAAACAACUACAACUAGAGAAACAAAAGGCGCUUGAAAGAGAGGAAGAGGAAAAACGUCGCAUGAGACAAGCAGAGGAAGAUUGUCGUAAACAGAAGCAAGAGUUAGCAAAGCUAGAGGUAGAGAGAAUCCGCAGAAUACAUGAAAUAGAAGAACAAAACAAAAAAAGAUUUGAAGAAGCUGAAAGAAGAUAUCAAGAAAUGCGAAAAACCCAAGAUGAACCUGGUAUUCUGCAGAAAGCCGCUAGUUUUAUAGGUUCGGCUGUUUCUAAACUUUGGCCUUGGUAGUAAAAUUCAUUACCCUUUUUAAUCUGUGUAAAGAAUAAUUUUGUUUUUUUUAUAAUAACUUGUACUAUAAUUUGCUAGAUAAGAGUUUUAAUUAUUUUAAAUUUGUAUUGCCAUAUGCGGUAGAAUCAACGACUGCUAACGAGAAAGUGGGGUUUGCAUUUCGGGUGAACUCCAGCUAGCUCUUAUUUGCAGACUCACGUCAUACGAGUUAUACUUUGCCAUAUUUUCUCAUUAAUCAGAGAUCACAGAAACAGGUGAAAUCUACAUUGUCUACUCUGCAGUCAUUUUCAUA